AUGCACCCAGAUAAUGGUAUCUACGAUGUCAUCAUCAUUGGCGCUGGACCAUGUGGCCUUGGAGUCGCCGCUCGACUGCACGAAGAGACCCCUUCGGCUUUGUUCACAGACGAAGAACAUCAAAGAUACCAUUGGAUCAAAAAGCAUACGGGUCGGAUGAAGCUUGUUCAAGCUGGCCACGCCAAGAUCAACGGCUCUCGCGCUGAGAAGUGGAACCGAGGCCAGAAAUGCACGUGCGACAAUGUACAGGACAAGGAGCGGCGAAGAUCCACAGAUUCGACAUCUUCGGUGCCUUCGCUCUCAUCUGCCUCUUCAGUCUCAUCGGACGACUCCAUCUCAACGCUUACGCUAGAAAUCAAGCAGUUGAGAAGCCCAAUGUUCUUCCAUCCCGAUCCUGGUGAUAGAGAUGGCAUGUUGGCAUAUACACAAGAGGUUGGCCGGGAAGAUGAUCUGUGGGAGAUUUCGGGUUGCGUCGGGAAAGAAAUGAGCAAGCAUAAGAAAAAGAAGAGACGGCAAGGCGGGAAAUCCCAGACUAUUGGCGGUGUCGAGAUCGAUGAGCGUGACCGCAAAGAUUAUUUUUCUCCAUCAACUGAUCUUUUCGCCGAUUAUUGCGCGUCGAUUAUCGAUCGAUAUGGUCUGAACGAACCGAAUCUCAUCCAGAAACAAGAAGUUGCCGACAUUACUUACGGUUAUCUCCCCGAGGAUGAAGCCACGCCGGUAUCCAACUCAAAGACUUUCACGAUUACUACCACAAUGGGCCAAAAGUUCUAUAGCCGAACGACUGUGCUUGCUAUUGGAGCGGGGGAGCGGAUCAAGUCAUUCCCGAGCCCCGAUCUCCGUCGUAAGAUUCAACGUCAUCAGGAAACCAAUGUGGUUGUUGUGGGAGGUGGCCUUUCAUCAGCACAGAUUGUGGAUAUGGCCGUACGGAAGGGUGUUACCAAAGUAUGGUUCCUCAUGCGCUCUGGAAUGAAAGUUAAGCACUUUGAUAUCAGUCUGCCGUGGAUGGGCAAAUACAAGAACUGGGAGAAAGCAGCAUUCUGGUCUGCAGAUACCGAUGAAGAACGUCUAGAAAUGAUGAAAGUUGCCCGCAACGGAGGCAGUAUCACGCCUCGUUACGUGAAAAUUGUCAAAGACCACGCAGCACACGACCGCGCAUCCAUUCACACACAUACCACCAUCACCGCCCAUAAAUACAACCCGGAAACUCAGAGCUGGGCAUUGACCACCGAUCCGCCGAUCCCAAACCUCCCUGCUAUUGACUUUAUCUACUUCGCAACCGGAGCACGUGCCGACGUGACCGAGAUGCCACUCCUACGUAACAUGAACGCGGAGUAUCCUAUCGCCGUCAAAGAAGGGUUACCAUGCCUCACAGAUGAUCUCAUGUGGCGUGAAGACGUACCCUUAUUCAUGACAGGUAGGAUGGCAGGAUUACGAUUGGGACCUGGGGCUCCGAACCUCGAAGGGGCCAGGCUGGGAGCAGAGCGAAUCGCCUGGAGCCUGGAAGAUAUUCUGGAAAAGAAAAGGGAGGUUGGGAAUCAGUGCGCCGUCGAAGGGUUCUGCGGGCUGGGAAAUCGGUAUGCCUCGUUGGUCGGUGAUAACGACGAGUAG